AUGGUAACGCAGUCGCUCCGAUUUCAGUACAUUUGGAUUGAUUCCAUUUGCAUCAUCCAGGACGAUGAAGAGGAUUGGGAGGUACAGUCCUCGUUGAUGGGGUCGAUCUAUAGUCAUGCAGCCUGUAACAUUGCUGCAACUUGGGCCUCCGACGGCAGUAAAGGGUGCUUUGGUAACGGUGAUCUGGCGGCGAAAAGUCCUACUUUCUUGACGCUUAGGGGUUCAUUAGGAGGGUCCUACCAAGUAUGGAACAACAAAUCAUACGAAGCUGAUGUAAUUCAUGCACCGCUGAAUAAACGCGGAUGGGUCAUUCAGGAGAGGUACUUGGCAAGACAGCAGCUGAGCUUUGCCCGGCGCCAAGUUUACUGGGAGUGUCGAGAGCUCAUGGCUUCAGAACAAUUUCCGGCUGGUCUUCCCGAAUCAAUCUCGAAACAUCAAGCGUGCCUGGAAUUUGAGAAUGAGUUCGAAGCUCGAAAAGCUUGGAACCACAUCGUUGAACUGUAUUCCAAUUGUCAACUCACCAAGAAGUCGGACAAAUUGGUCGCCAUAUCCGGCCUUGCACAAGCGCUGCAAGAAAGUAUUCAUGAUGACUACAUUUGCGGAUUGUGGAGGAAAGACCUCCACCAUCAGCUUCUUUGGGUCAGCGAAGGAGACAAUGGCCAAGUCACUACUACUUAUGGUCAAAUCGCCCCAACAUGGUCUUGGGCCAACAUCGACGGUCCAGUCCUUUUCCUGAAAGAUCAUCUCUUGGCAAAAAGUAUCGAGUCAAUGCCUUGGAUGGAGGUACUUGGUAUUCCAGCAGGCCCGACGAACAGGCUAUCUUUGCGAGGUAUUGCAGUACGAUCCCACAUCCAAAUCUCGGACGACAGGAAUAUAUUGUCCCACGAAUUCCGGCACAUUCUGGACCGCAGCAUACGAAAAUCGAUCACAAAAGUCUUCAACCUUCACCUUUCCGAAUACAAUCGACUCUAUAGCGCACCCGAUGUCGUACUUGACUCAUAUAAUGACCUCCAGCGAAAUCGUGACUUUGAUCUCAUUUUCUUCAUGAUUUGUCGCGAUCGUGGUGUUGAUCAGGGCUUGGUGCUUCGAAAAUUGCCGCCCAUCACCGAUGGGCGUAUGCAAUAUGUCCGAAUUGGAGUCUUUUGGACAGACCCUGCAUUUAUGGAUCCAUAUUGGAAGCAUGUGACUGAUCGGCUUGGGUUGCCGGAACCUGAUAUAUACGGCAUGGAUCGACCCUUGGAUCUCGGUGAUCCUAGACUGGCUGACCUGGUCCAUACCGUACAUAUUGUAUAG